UUUUUCGUAAAAUUGUAUUAUUUGAAGUAAUUGUUAAAAGACAUGAUUAUUUUGCUAACAGCCUCAAUCUGUUAAUGUCAAUUAUUUCAUUGCCAUGUAAGCAAAUUGGGCUACGGUGCAUUUUGCAGUUUGACAAUUGUACGCGUUGAAGAUUUUCAAAGUGUAGUAGCUAUAGCCGUUGUGAUAUUUUCGCACUAAAACAACAAAAAUUUGUAAACAAAUAAAUGGAAAUUGAGUUAAACACUGGUAAUCUACGUAAUUUGUGCCGUAUUUGUUUGGGUGCAGGCAAUUACAAUUUGUGGGAACAUAAAGUGCAUUGGAGCGACAAUACGAUAGAAAAUGAUUCCCUGGAGUCUGACGCACAAGCAGCAGCGAUUUCCAUACAUGAAGUAUUGCAAAUGUAUAAUGACUGGCAGCAUUCGGUACUUGAAUUCGACGUCGAACUGCAACUGAUUUGCAAGGAAUGCUUGCAGGAGCUUCAACCACAGUAUAUUUUCUACAAACGCUUAUGCGCCGCUAACAAACAAAUAAAACAGCUUUACGAAGAAGCAUUACAGCAAGAACAGUGUAAACCAGCAUUGGUACCCGAGCCGGUAGCCAGAGAAGAAUUGGAAUAUGAUAAUACUUUAGUUGAAUAUUUAGAAUAUACAUCAGAGCAUACACUAACUGAUCAGCAUGUGAAAUCUGUACAAUGUAACGAAUAUCCAGCACCUUUACAAAUACAAAAUACACUUAAACAACCGGAGAAACGUAAAUUCGUCAAAAAUCCAAAAUUCAUACUCACAGGCGGUGUAACACAAUUACUUACGCAUGCUACAGGGGCCACUACAUUUGUUCCACCGAUUGAAGCCACUUCGCAGGAGUCUCAUACAAAUGUCCCAUAUAGCCCACAUAAACGAAAAAGAAAAGUAGAUGAUGUGGAUAUGCAUACACUACUUGAGAAAAAAGAAAGAAGAAAUCACAAUCUGUUUAUAGAACACAUACCGAAUGUGAUAGAAAAAGGCAGAACUACGGAUGUUUAUGUAAGUGAGCAAAAUGUGAAAGUUAAUACCGCGGUGCCGAAAAUAGAGGAAAUCGUCCAUGAAGUACCAUCAAAUGAAUUAAUUGAGUGCGACUUAGGCGAACAGUACCAGGAACUUAUUACCAGCAACCAUAAUAAGCUAGAACAACAACAAGAACUUGUAAGCGAAAAUGAAGCGCAAGCUGCACUACCAUUUUCUACAGUGAGUACUGAUGAUACUGGCCGCUCCAUUUACGUAUGCAAAUAUUGUCCACAAGCCUUUACGGCGCCAUGCUUUCUGCUAACACAUGCACGCAAGUCACAUGUUUGUAAGCAUUGUUGCAAAGCCUUCGUUAAAACUGCUGAUUUAUUUGCGCAUUUAAGAGAAUCACAUACAGAUUUUAAAUGUAAAUAUUGCGGAAAAGAGCUUAGUUCUAAUGGCAACUUACGCGCUCAUAUAAGACGCUUACAUGUAACAACCACUGAAAUGACAUAUCCAGCGGAUAUCAUUAAAAAUACUGUUAUGGGUAAUAGUACAGAGGAAAUUGUUGAUGGUGGGGGAGACGGCAUUUACAUAGAUGAUCCCGCACAACAUAUAGCUGAAUAUCUCGAUUGAAAAAUAAUUAAAAUGACAAAAAAAAAAUCGUUUUGUGGUUAUUAGCAGGUUCAAUUGUCAAAAUCGUAUUGUAAAGUAAAAAAUAAAACAGAAAAGCUUAUUUAUGAAUAUAUUAUGCAAAUAAAA